AUGUCUGGUAUCCUCUGCGACAAAAGUAUACCAUCGAAGGUGAAAGGCAGGAUCCACAUGUUGGUAAUCCAACCAGCGAUGCUAUUUGGUAUGGAAACGGUACCCCUGAGUACCCGUAACACCAAGAGACUUUUAGUGGCAGAAAUAAAAAUGUGCAGAUGGGCAUGUGGCCACACAUUGAAAGAUCACGUGAGGAACGAAGUGAUUCGAGAAAAAUUGGGAAUCACGCACAUUACGGAACAGUUCAGGAAAGCCCGACUAAGGUGGUUUGGUCAUGUGAAAAGAAGAGACGAGGAGUAUGCUGGUUGCAGAGUGCUAGAGAUGGCACCACCAGCAAGAAGACGAAAAGGAAGGCCGAAAUUGAGAUGGAUGGACUGCCUGAGAAAAGACCUGGAAGAGAUAGAAGUAACAGAGGAAGACGCAUGGGCCGGGAAACCUGGAGGAAGAGGAUAG